GACCAUACCAUCUAGAGUUAACUACUACUACUACUACUACUACUACUACUACUACUACUACUACUACUACUACUACUACUACUACUACUACUACUACUACUACUACUACUACUACUACUACUACUACUACUACUACUACUAUACUACUACUACUACUACUACUACUACUACUACUACUACUACUACUACUACUACUACUACUACUACUACUACUACUACUACUACUACUACUACUACUACUACUACUACUACUACUACUACUACUACUACUACUACUACUACUACUACUACUACUACUACUACUACUACUACUACUACUACUACUACUACUACUACUACUACUACUACUACUACUACUACUACUACUACUACUACUACUACUACUACUACUACUACUACUACUACUACUACUACUACUACUACUACUACUACUACUACUACUACUACUACUACUACUACUACUACUACUACUACUACUACUACUACUACUACUACUACUACUACUACUACUACUACUACUACUACCACCACCACCACCACCACCACCAAUUCUGGUUGUCACGUAGACGCCAACCGUUACUGA